AUGCCUAAGUUCUCGUCGUUAGCAACCAAGUACACAGCACUCAGUUACUUCUGGGGCACAACAGAAGAGGCAAGAUCACAACUGACGAUGACGAUGCUCACAAUUGAAGUGCGACGUCGCGGAACACCUGACGAGACUUUACCUCCACUUGCACGCGACGCCAUUCGAAUUACAAGACUCCUGUCGAUCCCAUAUCUUUGGAUAGGCUGUCUCUGCAUUGUUCAGGAUGGCACUUCAGACUGGGAAGAGCAAUGUGGUGAAAUGGAUAAGAUAUACGGAUGUGCACAAGUAUCAAUCAUUGCAGCAGCAUCUGAGUACUUGGGGAAUGCAAUUCAAUUAGACUCUUCAAGCAGUGCACUGUCGUCCGGAGGGUGGGCAUUUCAGGAGGCCUUCUUAUCCACCAAGAGGAUCUUAUUCGGAAACUGGAAUGUGUACUUCCUUUGCCCCCCUUCUUACCAGACUAGGGGAGGCUCAUUGAAGUAUGAAGCAUAUGACGCAACUGGCCAUGAUUUUGAAAAACGCUUUCUCGAAGGCGGGCGAUUUGAUCUAUAUGAUUACAUUAAGGAUGAGAACGAAGAUGCCGACCAAUGGCAGUGGCUACUGCUGGGAAGCUGUGGAGAGCACAACGCCUGCACCGAAAUCGUUGAGGGAGCGUUUAUAACUUUCCAAAUUAGUGAAGACGAGCAGGAUAAUAUACAAAACAAGGAUCAGUCCUGGCAGAGGGUGGUCACAUUUACGAGAGUCCAGAAACUUGUCAACAAGCCGCCCCCUCGAAGAGUCACCAAGCCGCCCCCUCGAAGAAUGCGAAAAGGGGACGAAUGA